ACGGAUCCCGGGCUGCCUUUUGGGGUAGACUUGACUGCGUGGUUAGAGUUGUAUGCUUGACCCGUGUCCGCCACCGCGGAUGGCGAGGGAUCUGAUCGGGCCGGCGCUGCCGCCCGGCUUCAAGGCCCGCGGGACAGCAGAGGACGAGGAGCGAGACCCCAGCCCUGUUGCAGGACCAGCUCUGCCCCCUAAUUAUAAAAGCAGUAGCUCAGAGUCCUCAGACAGCGAUGAGGACAGUAGUUCAUUAUACGAAGAAGAAAAUCAAGAAUCUGAAGAAGAUGACACCGGACCAGCAGCAAGAAAACAGAGGAGAAAUCAAGAUGAUGACGAUGAUGAUGAAGGGUUUUUUGGACCAGCUCUUCCUCCUGGAUUUAAAAAGCAGGAUGAUUCUCCUCCAAGGCCUAUAAUAGGUCCUGCACUACCACCUGGUUUUAUUAAAUCUACACAGAAAAGUGACAAAGGCAGAGAUGAUCCAGGACCACAAGUAUCAUCAUAUUUCAACUCUGAGAAGGAAACCAACAGCAGUGAAGAUGAGGACAUUGUUGGACCAAUGCCUGCAAAAGGACCAGUUAACUAUAGCGUCACAACAGAGUUUGAAAAAAGGGCCCAGCGAAUGAAAGAAAAACUGACCAAAGGAGACAAUGAUUCAUCUAAACCAAUGACAAGAGAAUCAUGGAUGACUGAGCUUCCUCCAGAAAUGAAAGACUUUGGUCUUGGGCCCAGAACUUUUAAGAGAAGAGCCGAUGACAGAUCUGGAGAUCGAUCAGUCUGGACAGACACCCCAGCGGACAGGGAGAGGCAAGCCAAGGAAACACAAGAAGCAAGAAAGUCAUUCAAUAAGAAGGAUGAAGAACAUAUAUUGUCAGGAAGGGAAAAGAGAUUGGCUGAGCAGGUAUCCUCAUACAAUGAAUCAAAAAGAUCAGAAUCUCUUAUGGACAUUCAUCAUAAAAAAUUAAAGAAUAAGGCUGCUGAAGAGAAAAAUAAGCCCCAAGAAAGAAUACCAUUUGACCGUGAUAAAGAUCUCAAGGUUAAUCGGUUUGACGAAGCUCAGAAAAAAGCUCUGAUAAAGAAAUCUAGAGAACUAAACACCAGAUUUUCCCAUGGCAAAGGCAGUAUGUUUUUAUAAGGGGAUUUCCCUGUGCAAUGAAGAAAAGUUGAAGAAUACUCUUUUAUCUAUCUACCUUUAUCCCUUUGUUUUGAAUUCCUUAAGAUUAGAGGUGACUUUAGUCUUAAAAACUUACCUUGUGCUGUACGUCCUAUAAGUCCUGUGGGAACCUAAAGUCAGUAUUUCUUAUGUGGAAUAGAGUUUUAUGUGUCUUUGGCUUCUGAGGAAGUGUGGGCUUUUCUUCAAAUAAUUAUUUUGAGGACCCAUCUAUUCUUUAAUUUCUGUGGUGUCUCACAAGUAUCCUAUAAGAUCUGGUCAGGACUAUCCACUGAAUCUCCACCAGAGCUUAGACUUCCUCAUCAAAUAUUACUCACCUGCCCUGGAGUAAGUGUGUCGGGUCCUUGUAGUCAGUCCAUGAAUUUGAAAUUGUUUGGGUUUUCCCUCUGAACUACAGCCUGUGAAUACACAUUUACAAAUAGAGGACUCGGAGGUUUCAUCUGUUUUGUUCACAUUUUGCUUGUUUGGGCAAUCAGGGCUUUUUAUUUGUUGCUUGGGCUUUUGUUUU